AGAAACGCUUGCAAGCAAACAAAUCUGCAGGCUUUCCCUUUCAGCCAUCGAACCUUUCUUCCUAUAAUUAAGGAGCUGAUAUUCAUACCGGCUCACCCACCGCUACACUCAUUCUUGUAUUCAUUCAUAUAAAUAUAUACUACCUUUCUUAGUCACCCCAAUUCAAAAUUGCAAUUAUUUUUCAUGCCUUAACACUCUCAAUUCUGACAUAAAAAAACCUCCUGAAACUGGGGGGAGGUAAUUGCACAUAGCUUUGGAUCUCUUUCUCUCUCUAAGACUCUGAAAAGCAGUUCCAUGGCUAUUGCAAACCCUGCUGUUUCUCUCUCUUCUUUAACCAGGAAACCCAUCUUCAAGCAGGGUUCCAUAACCCCUUAUUCGUCGAGCCUGUUGGGCCGGAAUCCCCUUCUUUUCGGAAACCAAAUCCUUCUCUCUAAGAAAUCCAGAAGUAAAAUAUCCAUUUUCCCUGUUGCAAGGAUCUUUGGACCUGCUAUAUUUGAGGCAUCAAAGCUGAAGGUGCUCUUCUUGGGAGUGGAGGAAGACAAGCAUCCUGCAAAACUCCCAAGAACUUACACUCUCACCCAUAGCGACAUCACCGCGAAGCUCACCCUUGCCAUCUCCCAAACCAUCAACAGAGCUCAGUUGCAGGGAUGGUAUAACAGAUUACAGAGGGAUGAGGUGGUAGCAGAGUGGAAGAAGGUGAAGGGGAAGAUGUCACUGCAUGUUCACUGUCACAUAAGUGGUGGUCAUUUCUUGCUUGACCUCAUCGCCAAACUCAGAUACUACAUCUUCUGCAAGGAACUACCUGUGGUAUUGAAGGCGGUGGUUCAUGGCGAUGGGAACCUAUUUAGCAAGCACCCUGAGCUUGAAGAUGCAUUAGUUUGGGUUUAUUUCCACUCUAAUCUCCCUCAAUUCAACCGGGUGGAGUGUUGGGGCCGUCUCAAAGAUGACGAUCAGGGGGCCCAUAAGACAGUGGAAGCGAGUGGUGAGGGUUUAGCAGAAUGGUCCACUGUGAAAGAAGAGGGCCCAAAGAGCCAUUGGGGGAGACCAAUGCCCUGCCAAACUGACUGUGACUGUUGCUUCCCUCCAUCAAGCCUCAUUCCAUGGCCUCAUGACUUUGAAGAAGACAACAUUCAACAAAAUAUGCAACAUGAUACUCCACAAUCAUCUUCCCUUCAUGUCAAUUGACUCAGCCUAGAUUUGAACUUUCAACAUGAAGUUCAUAUCUUCAUGAAAGGGGUUUUAAUGUUUUAUCUUCCCCCUAUUGAAGGACAAUUAACAUGUAUAAUAUGUACAGUUGUGUAUUCAAAUAUUCAAGGUAAAUAAUUUCUUUCAAGAUUGUUUCA